GCCAAAGCUCUAUCCACUGAGCCAAACUGGUUAGGGCCAAGCUCUAGUUUCUUAGCUUUGUCUGACCUCAUAUAUAUCAAUUUCUAAGUGAGCUGUAUUUUGUAGUUUCCUUUAAAAACAUAAUCCAGAAUUCAACAGAAACAUUUAGUUCCCCAAUGAAUAGUAAUUGCAUUUACUUUCUACAAAAUAUUUUGUGAUCCAUAGAUAUACAAGGUAGUAUCCUUGCUUACUCUCAAAGACAUUAUCUAACAGGGUAGAUGAUACCUACAAACUACAGUAUCGGGUAGUAUAUGAGUAUUAGGAGUUUCACCAGGUUUUGUAGAUAUGCUGGAGAGGAACAGUCACUAUCAGAGAAAGUGGGUCUAUAAGAUGGACAGGAUUUGAGCAGUCAGGGUGGGACCAAGAUGACAAGCAGAUAAAAAUGUAAACGCAGUUUGCAGUUAUGGCACCGAAAGGGUGUUUUUGGGAAAGAAGUCUGGAGCUAUGGUGUGUGCUUUGAGAGGAGCAUUAUUCUAAGGCCAGCUGGAUCCUUGAUUUCUAGGAUAAGAAAUACAGAUUUUAGUUAUUAUUACUAUUUCAGAGCUGCCACAGUAUUUUGAAGAAAGAAAUGAAGGCAUAUUGGUGAUGGCUUGUAGAUGGAUUUGGACAAGAUGAGUUUUUAGUUAGAGACAAACUAAUAAAUAGGUUGGUGAAAAGAAGAGAUAAUAAUAGUUGUUAGAAUUUGGAGACUGUCAAGUUUGAGGGUACAGGGCUAGAAGGCACCAUUAAGAGAAUAAUGGUACCUUCCACUGAAAUUAAAAAUCACAAGAGCCAUUUGAGGUAAGUUAAGUUUUAGAAAUUUUGAAUGUUACAGUUGUAAUGUAGAAGUGCUAGUAGGUGGCUAUUUAUUUUUAUUUUUUUGUUAAUCCUCACCCAAGGAUAUUUUUCUGUUGAUUUAAUUUUUUAGAGAAAGUGGAAGGGAGGGGGAGAGACAGAGAGUGAGAGAGAGAGAGACAUGGAUUGGUUUCCUCUCACACAUGACCCAACCAGGGCCAGAGAUCAAGCCCUGCAAUCGAGGUAUGUGCCCUUGACCUGUUUUGAACCAGCUAUGACCCUUCUUCAGUCCACAGGCUAAUGCUCUAUUUACUGAGCCACACCAGCUAGGGUACUUGGUGGCUAUUUGGAUAUCGUUUCCAUAGUUGAAACCUUGGAUAAUGUUUAUUGUAAUCUCACGUAAAAAUUUGUCAGAGCACCAAGAAAGAUGCUUCUAAAUACACUUCAGACCAUACAUUGGUUAAGUAUGGAGUGGGGAGGAGGAUUUAUUACUGUUUUCUAAAUGUUUUGGUUUUCGUAAUGCUACUUUUGUAAUUUGAAGAAUAAAAAGGGUAGACUAUUUGAAGAAAAAGAUUCCAUAAUGUAUAGAAAACAAGGAACUUGAAAGACAUUUCCGAAACUUGCAAGGUAAUUGGGGUGGGGGGGACGACAACUGAAUUUGGACGCAGGGGAGAAUGCUCAAUUUAAGGAGCAGGAAAAAUAAGAGCCAGCUGGAGUUCAGCUUGAGGAAAAGGAGGAAUUAGAUGUAUAUUUGUAUCCAGUAUUGUUCUGAUAUUGUCACAACGAUCACUUUUCAAGUUUUACAUGUACAGCGCAGCCUUUCUAUUAGCUGCAACUUCAGUGUUGGUAAAUUAUUAUGCUGUUUUGCACAUUGACUUCUAUGGUGCCUACAACACGUCAGCUUUUGGAAUUGAACUGCUUCCUCGGAAAGGGCCCUCACAAUGGAUGGCACUCAUUGUUCUACAGCUAACAUUUGGAAUUGGAUACAUUACACUACUCCAAAUUCAUUCCAUCUAUUCACAAUUAAUUAUUUUGGAUCUCUUGGUUCCUGUAAUAGGCUUAAUCACAGAGCUACCAUUACACGUCCGGGAGACUUUAGUUUUUACUUCUUCCUUGAUUCUUAUAUUAAACACACUGUUUGUCUUGGCAGUGAAACUUAGGUGGUUUUAUUAUUCCACACGGUAUGUUUAUCUUUUAGUGAGGCACAUGUAUCGAAUUUAUGGAUUACAAUUAUUAAUGGAGGACACAUGGAAGAGGAUCCGUUUCCCAGAUAUACUGAGAGUCUUUUGGCUAACAAGAAUUACAGCUCAGGCUACAGUGUUAAUGUACAUUUUAAGGAUGGCAAGUGAAACUGAUUCCUUCUUUAUUUCUUGGGACGAUUUCUGGGACCUCAUUUGCAAUCUUAUAAUUAGUGGAUGUGAUUCUACACUAACUGUGCUGGGCAUGAGUGCUGUAAUUUCCUCAAUAGCCCAUUAUUUGGGCCUUGGAAUACUGGCCUUUAUUGGAUCAACUGAAGAAGACGACAGGCGACUUGGCUUUGUAGCACCUGUUUUAUUUUUUAUUUUGGCUCUUCAGACUGGUUUAAGUGGGCUAAGACCAGAAGAGAGACUUAUUCGCUUAAGUAGAAACAUGUGCCUUUUAUUAACUGCAGUCCUGCAUUUCAUCCAUGGAAUGACAGACCCCGUAUUAAUGUCUCUCAGUGCCUCUCAUGUGUCAUCUUUUCGUAGACAUUUUCCUGUGCUCUUUGUCUCUGCUUGCCUGUUUAUUCUUCCUGUUUUACUCAGUUAUGUUCUUUGGCAUCACUAUGCACUAAACACAUGGUUGUUUGCCGUUACAGCCUUCUGUGUGGAACUCUGCUUAAAAGUAAUUGUUUCUCUCACUGUUUAUACGUUAUUCAUGAUUGAUGGCUACUAUAAUGUCCUCUGGGAAAAGCUUGAUGAUUAUGUCUACUAUGUUCGUUCAACAGGCAAUAUUAUUGAAUUUAUAUUUGGAGUAGUAAUGUUUGGAAAUGGGGCUUAUACUAUGAUGUUUGAGUCAGGAAGUAAAAUUCGGGCUUGUAUGAUGUGUCUACAUGCGUAUUUUAACAUCUACUUACAAGCAAAAAAUGGCUGGAAGACAUUCAUGAAUCGUAGGACUGCUGUUAAGAAAAUUAAUUCACUUCCUGAAAUAAAAGGGAGCCGCUUACAAGAAAUAGAUGAUGUCUGUGCAAUCUGCUAUCAUGAGUUUACUACAUCUGCUCGUAUGACACCAUGUAAUCAUUAUUUCCAUGCACUUUGCCUUCGGAAAUGGCUGUACAUUCAAGAUACUUGUCCAAUGUGCCAUCAAAAAGUAUACAUUGAAGAUGAUAUCAAGGCUAAUUCAAAUAUACGUAGCAACAACGGAUUUAUUGCACCUAAUGAAAAUGCAGAGGAAGCUGUAAGAGAGGCUGCUGCUGCCGAAUCUGCCAGGGAAUUGAAUGAAGAUGACAGUACUGAUUGUGAGGAUGAUGUUCAAACAGAAAGAAAUGGAGUGAUUCAGAAUACAGGUACAGCAGCUGAAGAAUUUAAUGAGGACACUGACUGAUUAAACAGCAUUUACUAAUCAUUGAGGUUAUUUGUUCAAAAUUCAGUUCAUCCAAAAUGGAGUUAAUAUGCUUCACUUCAUUGUGUAACCAAGCACAAAAACAGUCAAUGUUGAAUCUGUGAAUGGUUUUCCGUUUACUGUGAUGUGCUACUGUAAAUAUACCUCUUUAAUUACUUCUGGUCUCUUUGGUGACCUAUUUAAAUUUGUGUACAUUAUUGUACAUAGAAUAAAAUGUUUUCACGUUUUUAUGACAAAA